CUCUUUUUCUCUUUUUCUCUCUCUCUCUUUCUCUCUUUGUGUUCUCUUUAAUUCUCUCUCAGUUCCUUUUCGUUCUGCGAUCUUGCAAGUUAACUGAUUGCACAAUAAAACGAGUAACGUUUUCUUUUCUGGUUUCUCUUUGUGUCUUGAUUUCACUUCUCUCUCUCACUCACUAUUCUUGUUAAUUCUAUUCCCUAAUAACUUUAUCAUCAUUAUCAUCACCACAAUCAUCAACAUUACACCAUCUUGAGAAGAUCAACAACAUCAAAGAACAUUUUCUCUCUCAAUUCUAAAAUCAUCAUCUUUCAGAAAGUGUCAACAUUUUUGUCUCUCUUUCUCUCUCUCUCUCUCUCCAAUCAAUAUACUCAAUUAACUUAAAUAUAUGCACAUAGUUGAAUGUACAUAUAACUGAAAAAUUUCAUCUUCUAUUUUGUGAAAACAUUAUUUUUCUGUUUGAUAAAAUUACAACAGUUUAAGAGAAACAAAGUAAAAUUUGAAAGCUUAUUUACUUUGUCACCAACUAUAAGCUCUAUCAUCUUAAUUUACUUGAAGCUUUUUAAAUCAAUAUUUUAAUUGAAAAUUAACAUCACCGGUUUACCAUCAUCAUCAUCAUCAUUGAAAAAGAGAGGAAGAGAGAGAUAGAGAGGGAGAUAGAGAAUCAUCAAUAUUAAACCCGAAAAAAGUUCAACCAGAAUCAACACAAUAACAACAACAUAACCAGAUUUUGUUUUUCUUUCUCCUCAUCAUCACCAUUUCUCUCUCUCUCUCUCUCUUUCUCUUUAUUUCUCUCUCUUCCUCUCUCAUUCUCACUUUUGGUAAAAAAAGCUUGACCUACAAUCAUCUUCCUGUCAUAAUAAAUUUAAUAUCUUUCCUGGUGCUUUUCCUCUUUAUCAUCGGUAAAAGGUCUUUACAUUUUGUCAACUCUUUCAACAUUACAUCAUCAUCAUCACUUGACAACAACAAUAAGGAAUAAAAAAACGAAUAACCUAAAGUUUAAGCGAAGAAAAAAAGUCACCAGUUUUUUAAUUUUCUCUCUAUUUAAUGUUUAUCAUUAUUCUAUUAGAGAAAUAGAGAAAAUUUAUAUUCCAAGUUGAGAAAACAAGGGAACCAGUAACGACGAAAAGUAAACCAGUUUUUUCUCUUCUUUUUCUCUCUCCCUCUCUCUCAGUUUCUCUCUCUCUCUCUCUUUUCUGGUGCAAACCAUUAACACUUGAUACCAAGAGAAACAACAACAACAUUCAACUCAAACCGAUCGUAACAUCAAAACGUCAAAAUCUUUACCUUUUCUACAUAAAGAGUGUUUCUUUCAAUUACUUUCCUUCCUCUCGUAACAAAUUGAUUGCCUCAUCAUUUUAAUUCGCAAUCUUUCAAGUAAAUUUAAUCCAAUCAUCAAUUUCAUUCUCUCUCAGUGUUUAUCUCAACAAUUGAUUCAACUUUUCUCUCUCGUCGUAAUUAGUGUUUACCUGUGUUAACGCCGCAAAUUGAUUGUACUUAAUUAUUGUUUUUUCUUCUUCUCCUUGUUAACUGUCGACACUUUUGUUUCUUUUUUGUGAUUCGUUGAAAAAAAGGUUGACUUUCAAAAGCUCAAUAUCAUCUUCUUAUUAUCAUUUGGAACUAGUGAUCAUUAUCAUCAAUCGUUUAAAGAGAAAAACGAAACAAAGAGAAGAAAACGUCCAAUUUAUUUGUAUUUUAAUGCCUUGUUAUGUGUGUGACUACCGGUGAAUAAAAUCUCGGUGAAAAAACAACAACAGAAAAUCAACAACCGAUACCAGAAGUCAACUAAUAAUAAGAGUAACAACAAAAAGGGAAUCCUGUUGACGGAAGAGGAACUACAUCAACAAGAAAGAAACAAGAAUUGACAGAAUCAAAAAGAAUCAAUCAAAGCAAAAAAAAGGAACCAUUAGGAAUCCAAUUGGAAAAGUCGAAUAAAAGAAAACAAAAAAAACUCAAUUUAAAUUUAAAAAAUGUUCUUGUGAUUAUUCAUUUGACGAUCAUCGUUCUCUCAUCAUCAUCACUUAAUCUCAAUAUUGAUUAUCAUCAUAAUCCUCUGGAACUGUUUGUUUUGGGUGAUCAUUGAUUAGUGAGGAAAAUCAACCAAGAAAAAGAUAACAAAGUAACUAAUUGGAACCUUGGAAUAAACAAAAUGUCGCCGGUGACCAUUGAAUUACGAAAAGGACGAAAACGACGUCCAAGUAACAGUCUCGAAGAUGGAGAUGAUCCAGUUAUGGAUGAUUGUAUGGCUGCCAUGGUACUCAUGAGUCUUUCAUGUUCUCCUAAAUCUACUUUCAUUCCUAAUAGAGGAAUUUACUCAGUGAAAAGCAUCGAUUCUGGUGUCGAGUUUGGAUCUGCUGCCAGCCGAUCAAAUACACCGUCACCACCGACGAUUAACGAAGAGCGAUCCACUGCCGCUUCGCCAAUUGCCAUCGAGAUUAACAAUAACCAUGUUGAAACUAUUAAAGGAAAUAUAAAUAAUAAUGAUUCGAAUGUUAAUAAUAAUCAAAUUAAUGGAUUAACUAUUAUUCAUAAGGAUGAAGGAAUCGAUAUGGAUGAAACAAUUGAUUUUAUUAUUGAUGAUCCAAUACAAACAAUUGCUGAGAAGGCACGACGAAUUGUAUUCAAAUGUACUUGGCGUGGAUGUGGCGUUCGAUGUGAUCUAAUUGAAUCAAUUGAAAAGCACAUUAGAACCAUUCACCUUGGACGAAGUGAAAACGCCAGUGAAGAGGAAAAUGAUCAUGAGGAGGAAUUUUAUUACGCCGAAAUUGAAGAGGAAAUGGAAACUGAGAAUAUAAUUAUUAGUAGUAAAGAUAGUUCAUCUUCUAAUGAUAGUAGCCUGGGUCUAUUGUCUCCAGUCUUGAGUUCAUCAGAGUCACCUCACAGUACAAAUUACAAUUUAAGUCCGACACUCAGUUCGGCCUCCUCCCUCCUUUUCUUUGCUCCCUCACCCACUUGGAGUCAUCUUGAUAUGGCACGACCUCCACACGAGGAUCCUGAAUAUCAAGCGCAACAAAAACAAUUACAAUUACAGUUACAAUUGCAACAACAACAACAACAGCAACAAAUUCAAAUACAAAACCAACAAGUGCAAAACUUUAAUCAACAGCAACAGCAACAAAAACCAUCACCAUCAUCAUCAUCAUCAUCUUCAUUGGUGACCCAAACUAUUGCCAGUGCCCAAUUAAAACCGGAACCGGAAAGAAAGACAGUGAUAUCAAGCCCGAUCAACAUUCCCGGUAUAUCGGUUGCCCAUCGAUGGUCAACAAAAAUGCGUGAUUCUUCAUCAUCAUAUUCUCCUUUCUCUGCUACUAGUUGCAAUUCUAGUUACUCAUUUUCAAACUCCCACCAUCAUCAUCAUCACCACUUUAACCAUCACCAUCACCAUCAGCAUCAAUCUCAAGCAUCUCUCCUUGCCUCAAGUUCAAGUCCAGUGAACUUUUUCUCGCCAAAAGCUCCUUCCAAAGUUAUGCGAUUGAGUAGUAACACUUCAAGCCCAAUAAACAUCAAGUCAUCGGGAAAUAACACCAACCCAACAUUAACCGGAACCAUAACAAUUAGCGGUACCAAUAAGACAAACAGUAACACCGUUACUAGUAUCAUCUCAUCAAGUAACAACAACCCAACCCUGAGUACAAAUACAACUACCAAUGCCAAUAACAACGCUUCUAGUAACCAAUGGACAAGCUUAUUACAAUCAAGUUCAACCUCAUUAUCGGCCUCAUCAUUAUCUUCAUCCACUUCAUCUCCAUCAACCACAGGGAUUGCAACGACCCUCCUUAAAGGGUCAAGCAUAUCGCCGACCCGUCGAACCCGAACCGAGACUCGAAAGUGUCGGAAAGUUUAUGGUAUGGAUAAUCGAGACUCUUGGUGUACUCAAUGCAAGUGGAAAAAGGCUUGCACUCGAUUCGUUGAUUAAUCUUAUUGUGCAUCGGCCAAACAAAUAAAAAGAAAAACAAAAGAAAAUCACCCAAAGGUGAAAAAAGGAAGUGACCAUUAGCAUCUUGAUGACCAUCCCCUCCUUUGUUUCUCUCUCUCUUUCUCUAUCAUCCUGUCACAUUCUGCCUUUCCGACUAUUAUUCUUUCCCUCUCCCUCUCACUUACUCACUCUCCAGUUAAAUACUACAAAUACCAUCAUCAUCAUCGCCACAAUUUAAUUACAUAACAGAAAAAAAGAGAUUUUCUCACCUUUCUUUUGUCUUCUUCCUUCUUUCUCUCUCUCUUUUGUUUUUAUAUCAUCAUUCUCUCUCUCUCUCUUAACUUUAUCUUCUUUCAUUUUUCUGUUCACCCAACAAACUCAAUAGAUUUUUUCAUUACAUAUUAUAUUAUACAUUCAGUUAUUUUUUUUGUCUCUCUUAACGUUUUUAGUUAUCAUCUCGUUUUCGAAAUUGAAAAAAAAGUUCUAUAAAAAAAAAUUAUUGCUCACAUUUUUUUUAUUAUUUUGAUUCGAAAACUUUGCCCUCUCUCUCUCUCUCUCUCUCUCUUUAAACCCCUUCUUAUCAUCAUUGUCAUCAUCUUAUCUUCUUUUCUUCUCUUUCUUUUGCUUUGCCAUCUUAUUUUUGAUCUUCAAAAACCUCUCUUGCUCUGUGUCUUCCUUUAUACAUUAUAUUACUUUACUAUUAUUAUUAUUAUCAUCCUCAUCUUCCGCCUCCCUCAUCUUGUUCAUCAUCUUCAUCAAUUUUCGCUGAUUUCGCUUAAAUAUCGCAUCUGAAUGAUUAUUUCUGUCUUUCAGCUACCUGAGUUUCUGCACUUACACACAAACAUAUAAUUACCUCUUCUUCAACUACUAUUGUUCAUUUCAAUUCCAAAGAGAAUGAGAAUACUAAAUGAAACCAAUAAAUCUGAACUCUAUUCGUCUCCUUAUUCUCUCUCACUCUCUCGCUCUCUCACCUUGAUGAUGAGAUUACCAGAUAAGGAGGAAAAGGAAAAGAAAAGAAAACAAUUAAUCUUACUUCAAUUACCAGCGAAAAUUUUAAAUUCCAACUUGUUUCCCGCUCUUUCUUUCGUGAUCAUUUAAAGCCCAUGAAAAAAACAAUACAAUCUAACUUGAAAUUAAAAUGAAAUGCACACCAACAAACAUGAUGUUAAAAUGCCCUUUGGUUGUUUCACCUUUACCAUGAAAAAUGAUAAUAUAAUAAUAAUGAUUAACUAAUUGAAUAAUUAACAUUUAGCAUA